AACAUGGCAAAGGAAGGAGCGGAAAAUGCACAGGAGACGCAAAAUAUGAUAAAGAAUGAUAGAAAAGAGCAUAGAAGCCGCAUGUCUGCAGGGAACACUACAGAAAUGAGAGCCGUGGUAUUAACCGGAUUCGGGGGUCUCAACAAACUCCGGGUAACUAAGAGACCGAUGCCUGAACCGCAGGAAGGGGAGGUGAAAAUCCAUGUGAAAGCUUGUGGUUUGAACUUUCUUGACUUGAUGGUACGGCAAGGAAAUAUCGAUAAUCCACCCAAGACUCCGCUUGUGCCUGGAUUUGAAUGUUCUGGAAUAGUGGAAGAAAUGGGAAACAACACAAAAGGAUUUGAGAUAGGGGACCGGGUGAUGGCCUUUGUGAAUUACAAUGCCUGGGCAGAGGUGGUAUGCACGUCUAUAGAAUUCGUCUACAAGAUCCCAGAUGAUAUGACUUUCCCUGAGGCAGCUGCUUUCUCCUUGAACUUUGUGGCUGCCUACAUAAUGCUGUUUGAGCUUGCCAGUCUUCGGGAAGGGAUGUCCGUGUUAGUGCACUCUGUAGGAGGUGCUGUGGGACAAGCUGUCGCUCAGCUGUGCUCCACCAUACCCAGUGUCAUGGUUUUUGGAACAGCGUCUCCCUCCAAAAAUGAAGCCAUCAAAGACUCUGUGACUCACCUCUUCGACAGAAGUGCUGAUUAUGUGCAAGAAGUUAAAAAGAUCUCCCCAGAAGGAGUAGACAUCGUCCUUGACUGUUUGUGUGGAGAGAACACCGGGAAAGGGUUGGGACUGCUGAAGCCCUUGGGAACCUACAUUCUUUACGGUUCAUCCAACAUGGUGACAGGGGAAACAAAAAGUUUCUUCAGUUUAGCAAAAUCUUGGUGGCAAAUGGAUAAAGUGAACCCCAUUAAGCUCUACGAAGAGAAUAAAGUCAUUGCAGGCUUCUCGCUCCUGAAUCUUCUUUUCAAACAAGGCCGUGGAAGCCUGGUGAAAACCGUGGUGCAGAAACUAUUUUCCCUCUACAACCAAAAGAAGAUAAAACCCCGUGUAGACUCAUUAUGGGCUCUGGAAGAGGUAAAAGAAGCCAUGCAGAGAAUUCAUGAGAGAGGCAACAUAGGAAAACUCAUCCUGGAUAUGGAGAAAUCCCCAACACCUUUGAUGGCAAAUGACAGCACAGAGACCAGUGAGGCGGGUGAUGAUGAUGAUGAUGAUGAUGAUGAGGAGGAACAUGAGGAUAACAAUGACAACAAGGAGCGUAUUCCCUUCAUUCAGUAAU